AUUUAGGAAUCUCGACCUUGUGAUAAUUAUCCCGGAUAGCACUUUGAUCGGUUAUUAGAAUUUCUGAUUGAAAUUCUUCAUUAAAUUGUAUUAAAUAAGUAAUAAUAAGUUAUUCUCACAUAAAAAUAUGGCUUCUCUAGGGAAGACAUUUCGUAAUGCAUUCUCUAACUCAAGUCUAUUGGUAUUGAGGAGAUGUUCGAUGAUUCCAGAAAAACGUCAUAUUAGUCAAGUGACUAUUAACAGCCUUAACUUAAAGAUAAACACACCUUUAGUAUUUGGUCAAUGGUAUUCAAACAGUACAACUUCCAAUAAAUUGUUAUUGACUGAAGUAGAAUCUAGAGUUCUAAAAGUGUGCAAAGCGUACGAUAAAGUUACAGCAGACAAGCUGAGUCUAGAAUCACAUUUUAUAAAUGAUCUUGGUUUAGAUUCUCUUGAUCAUGUUGAAGUUAUUAUGGCUAUAGAAGAUGAAUUUGGCUUUGAAAUACCGGAUGAAGAUGCUGAAAAGUUGCAUAGACCUAAGGAUAUUGUUCAAUAUGUGUGUGAUCGAGAAGAUAUUUAUGAUUGAAGAAGUAAUCCUGUAUUUUCAUUAAAUUUUGUAGUUUUGCUAAGUGUUAUGGAAAAAAAAAUUAUAACGUUCUAUUAAAACGAUGCUGUUUUGUA